ACUCUCCUUAGUCAAAACUACCCACAAUUUUAUACUUAAAAUGCCCAAUCCCGAUAAGGGUGCACACAAUAUAAGGGCAUUGGUUGACAUGUGGCGCCAACCCAUACCACACUUUGCGCAUUCUUGGAAGGAAAAACAGCAAGAAUCAAUGAACAGUGAGGUUUGAUUGAUUGGUUUCAGCUUUUGUAAGGUACAGGCAGGCAAAUGAGAAAUUCGUGGGAAACGAGUUUAAAACCCUGAAAAAGGAAGGAGCAACAAAACAAACCAAUCGAGAUUAAAAAGAAAAAAGGUCGGGGCUUCAAUCAUCUUACCCUUCUAUAAACAUUUAUAGAAGGGUUUGAUUUUUGAUUCCUUUCGAAGGGUUGAGGUUGACGCAUUAGAAGAAGCGGGGCCUUCUCCGUUCCCUUUUGUCCCAAGAAGCUUCUCGUCCCUGCAGUAAAUGCAUCCUAUACAUAGACGGAGAUAGAGCUUGGGUUCUUCUUUUGGGUUGGAAGAUGGUCAGGUUGUGGGUUUCUGUGCUGCAAUUGGCAGAGCUGUUUGUGAGCUCCUUGGUCCAUUUGCUUUAUGGGUUUUACAUUUUCAGCACAGCUGUGGCUGGCGAUCUCUGUCAGGCUCUGAAUGAUUGUUUCUUUAAGCCGAAUGUAAAUAUUGGGCUCGAAGAAGAGGAGCCCAAAGGAUCAACCAACGCUGAAGAUUUGCCUCCCAUUGUGUUGGUUCAUGGUAUCUUUGGGUUUGGCAAAGGGAGAUUGGGGGGUUUAUCCUAUUUUGCAGGGGCAGAGAAGAAGGAUGAAAGGGUUUUCGUACCUGAUUUAGGCUCAUUAACUAGCAUAUAUGACAGGGCUCGUGAAUUGUUCUAUUAUUUGAAAGGUGGGCAAGUUGAUUAUGGGGAAGAACACAGCAAGGCUUGUGGGCAUUCACGGUUUGGAAGAAUUUAUGAACAAGGGCACUACCCUCAGUGGGACGAAGAUCACCCUGUUCACUUUGUGGGGCAUUCUGCUGGAGCACAGGUUGUUAGAGUUUUGCAGCAAAUGCUUGCUGAUAAGGCUUUCAGGGGGUAUGAGAACACUUCAGAGAAUUGGGUGUUGAGCAUAACAUCAUUAUCUGGAGCUUUCAAUGGGACUACCAGAACCUAUCUAGACGGGAUGCAGCCAGAAGAUGGGAGAUCCAUGAAACCCAUUUGUCUUCUUCAGCUUUGCCGCCUAGGGGUAAUAGUUUACGAUUGGUUAGACAUUCCCUGGCUAAAGGCCUAUUACAAUUUUGGGUUUGAUCACUUCAACACGUCCUGGAAGAAAAUGGGUGUUUGGGGUCUGGUUGAUUGCCUCCUGGGAAAUGCAGGUCCAUUUGCGUCGGGAGAUUGGAUCCUUCCAGAUCUUACCAUUCAGGGUUCCAUGAGAUUGAACAGCCACCUACAUACUUUCCCCAAUACAUACUACUUCAGCUAUGCCACAAAGAGAACCAGGAAAAUAAUGGGUCUUACAGUCCCUUCCAGUGUACUUGGAAUACAUCCCAUGCUUUUCAUCAGAGUUUUGCAGAUGAGCCAGUGGCGGCACCCUCCAGAUGCCACGCCACCUUACAAAGGCUAUAGGGAUGAACACUGGUGGGACAAUGAUGGAGCACUCAACACCAUAUCUAUGACACACCCUCGUUUGCCAGUUGAACAUCCGAGCCAGCUUGUUGUGAAGGACUCUGAUUGUCAGCCAAUGCAACCGGGCAUCUGGUACUACAAGAUUAUAGAAGGCGAUCACAUACUGUUUAUAGUGAAUCGGGAGAGAGCAGGGGUGCAAUUUGACCUGAUUUACGAUAGCAUUUUUGAGCGCUGCAGAAAGCAUGCGUUUAGGAAGACUCCACCAACAUUACCAAAUCAAGCUCUACAAUAGCAGAACCUUGUUUGCUCUUAUUGAUAUAUACUACAGGUAGAGGAAGUAAGAAAAAGAAACGAGAGAAAUUUUAGGAGAAAGCUGUCACUCUCACGUACAUGUAGUCCCCCCCCCCCCCCCCCGCGCCGCUCUCCUUUUUCUUCUCGUUUUUCCUUUUUAAUUCCUUGGGGAACAGCUUCUUUAGUUGUAGCUUAAGAAAUAUCAGUGGCAAGAUUUAUAUUGAUGAA